AUGAUUGUAAAUUAACUUGUAUGUUUCUUAGCGUUAAUAGUUGUUGUGAAUAGUAAUAUUACAAUUGAUACUACAUCGCAUUGUGAUUGUAGUGAACUUAGAAUGUAAGAUUGUCAAUUUAGCAGUUAUUGUUAUUGGAGUAAUGAUUAGUGUGAAUCAUAUGAUAAUUAUUGUGCUGUAUUUACAAUCUAAUCAUAAUGCACUCCAUUAACAACAGGUUAUUAAUGUAAAUGGGAAGAUAAUUCUUGUAUAUCUCAUAUGUAUAAAUGUGAAGAAUUUUCAUCAAAUUAAGAUUGUCCAUGUUAUUGGAACAAAGAUAAUAAAUGUGAAGAAUAUAAAGGAUGUUCUAAUUAUAAUGAAUAAAAUUGUCCUGCUUCCUAAGGAUGUGUCUAUAAAGUUAAAUAAUGCUUAGAAGAAGACUAUGUUACUUGUUCUGAUUAGACUUUAGCAACUUGUAUUGGAAAAGAAAAACUUUAUACUGGAUGUGCAAUUAAUAAUGAUAAUAAAUGUGAUUCAUACUCUCUAUUUUCUGAAUGUUCGGAUUUAAACAAUUUUAAAACUAAAUGUGUAGAAUAUGGUUGUAAAUAUGCUAAUAAUAAAUGUGAAAAAAAAUAAUGUGAAGAUUUAACUCUUGAUGAAUGCACUAGCGUUAAAAUUGAUUAAAAAACUAAAAUAUUAUGUGAAAUUAAACAAUAAAAAUGUGUUGAAGCAGAAAAUACAAAUUAUUUAAAUAUAAAUACAUGUUAUAAUUCUACUAGUGGAAAUUAUAAAUGGAUUGGAAAUUGUGUUGAAUGUGAUUCCUUAGUCUACUCAAUUUUGCUCACUUAUUUCAGUUUAUUAAUAGUAGUAUUUCUAUGA